AGCCCCAGCAUGUGCUCCUUGGCUCUCUUCCCCCCUCCCCCCCCUCCCGGGGACGUCACCCUCUACGAGUUCAACAACACCCUGCUCUGCGGCCGCCUCCAUGAGCAGCUGCCCCUCGCCCUCCAGAGCCAGUUGGCAGAUCUGCCCAGCCUCAGCUUGCCCAAAGAGCCCCUGAAGGCUCCGGGGCGCCAGGAGCUGAGCAGCCGCCCUCCCUUCAUCCACCACCGGGAGAGCCUGUGGAAGCGCUGCCUCAGCGCAUGGAGGGACGUGGGGCUGUGUGCUGUGCUGAGGGAGAUCGCUGGUGCCGAGGAGGAGGGGCUGCAAUGGCUGAAGACAGUCUCCAGCUACGGGCUGGCCCUGUGCCACUGGCUCUCCUCCCUGCACGGCUCCCUCUUCCCACACCUCUCUCUCACCAGUGAGGACAUGAUUGCAGCCUUCUCCCAGGCAGUGGACUGGGCUGGCUGUGCUGUGAGAGCCUUUGCCUGGCACCCCCACACCAACAAGUUUGCUGUGGCUCUCCUGGACGACUCCAUCCGUGUUUAUAACUCCAGCAGUGCCACUGUCCCCUCCCUGAAGCAUCGUCUGCAGAGGAAUGUGGCUGCUCUUGCCUGGAAACCCCUUUGUGCCUCAGUCCUGGCCGUGGCCUGUCAGACCUGUGUCCUGCUCUGGCACCUUGACCCCACUUCCCUCUCUACCAGGCCUUCAUCUGGUUGUGCCCAGGUUCUGACCUACCCUGGGCACAGCCCUGUCACCAGCCUGGCCUGGGCACCCACUGGUGCCCUCCUGCUCUCAGCAUCACCAGUGGACACAGCCAUGCUGGUGUGGGAUGUCUCCACAGAGUCCUGUGUGCCCCUGCAGGGCUUUGGGGGCGGGGGGGUCACCUCCCUGGCCUUCCCUGAUGGCAGCAAGGUCCUGGCAGCCACCCCCUCUCCUGUCCUCAGGGUGUGGGAAGCUCAGAGCUGGACCUGCGAGCGCUGGCCCACGCUCAGAGGCCGCUGCCAGACGGGCUGUUGGAGCCCCGACGGCUCCCGGCUGCUCUUCGCUGUGCUGGGGCAGCCGCUGCUCUACUCCCUGUCCUUCUCUGAGUACCGAGGGGAGACUCAGGGGCGUGUGGGGGGCUCUGAGACCGCUGCCAUCGUGGCUGAUCUGUCUGAGACCGUCUUUGAGACACCCCACGGGGAGGAGAGGCUCGGGGGGGCUGCUCACUCCAUGGCCUGGGACCCCACGGGGCAGCGGCUGGCUGUGAUCCUGGGAGCCCGUCGGGACGCUGCCGACGCUCAGCCCGUGGUCGCCGUGUUCCGCACGAGGAACAGCCCCGUGUUCGAGCUGCUGCCGUGCGGGUUCCUGCGGGGGGACCGUGGGGCUCACCCCCAGCUCAUCUCCUUCCACCCCCAGUUCCGCCCUGGCGCCCUCCUCACCGUGUGCUGGUCCACAGGGAAGAUCAGCCACAUCCCCUUCUUCUUCCUCAGUGCCCACGGCCCCGGGAGCAGCCCCAGCCCCGGCCCUGGCGCCGCCAGCGUGCGCGAGCAGCCGCUCUUCUCCGAGCUCUGACCUUCAGCCUCCUCCUCCUCCUCCUCCCUCUGCAGCCUUCAGCCUCCUCCUCCUCCUCCCAAAGCCUUCAGCCUGUUUCUCCUCCCUCUACAGCCUUCAGCCUCCUUGUCCUCUCUGCAGUCUUCAUUUCUUCUUCCUCCUCCUCCCUCUGCAGCCUUCAGCCUCUUCUUCCUCUUCCUCCCAAAGCCUUCAGCCUUCUCAUCCUCUCUGCAGCCUUGUUCUUUCUCCUCCUCCCUCUGCAGCCUUCAGCCUCUUCCUCCUCCUCCUAAAGCCUUCAGCCUCCUCAUCAUCUCUGCAGCCUUCAUUUCUUCUUCUUCCUCCUCCCUCUGCAGCCUCCCCCUCCUCCCAAAGCCUUCAGCCUCCUCUCUCUGCAGCCUUCAUUUCUUCUUCCUCCUCCUCCCUCUGUGGCCUUCAUCCUCUUUCUCCUCCCAAAGCCUUCAGCCUCCUUUUCUUCCUCCUCCUCCUCCCUCUGCAGCCUCCAACCUCUUCUUCCUCCUUCCAAAGCCCUCAGCCUCCUCCUCCCAAUCCCAAUGUCUCCACCCUCCUCCUCUGCUGCCUCCCCAACCCCACCCUCACCCCAAUGACACCCCAACACCUCCCUGGACCCCCAAACCGCUCCCCUCACCCCUCCCCCCUCAUCCCCUGGACCCCCCCCGGGGCUGGGGCAGCAACAGACACACCCCAAGUUAAUAAAACACCUCCAAGGACACAAA